AGAGGAGGGGUGGAGGGGGACAGGGAAAGAGAGAGAGGUGGCAGCAGAUGGAGCGCCGCACAGCCUGAAACACUUUGACCAGGGACAGGCAGAAUGUACGUCUGCCUGCGUCUCUGUGCGGUCAAACUAUCACCCAGGAGGGACUGAGUGUGGGAUAAUAACUGUGAAGCGUCUUUCAUGUCCUCUGGAUUGGAUGCUGAGAGCAGUAAUCCUCUUGGGAGGGGGAAAAGAGAGAAAAAAAAGAGGCUGGUACGGGGCAGAGAGCACGAGAAAGAAGAGGGAACUCUUCAGUGUGAUUUAAGGGCAGGUGCAAGCAGACCUCUCGUGUGCACAUGAACUUUUGGUCCUGACGUAUGUGAGUGACAGAAAGACAUUUUCGUUUAUUUAGUUUCACCUUCUUCCUUUUUUUCCUUCUUCAUCUUCUUGUUUGAGAGGAACACGGUGUGCCGUUCUUUUUUUUCCCCAAAAGUAAGAGUGUAGGGGUUGACAGCUGUGGAGGCUCAGACAGAGGGACUGUCUAUGGUGAAGAUGAGUCUGGAUGCUGUACAGGUGAUGAGUGGACAGGUCAAGGAGCUCAAAGUUUCCCCUUCGUCCAACGGAGACGCCAGAGGCUCCUGGGAGGGGAAAGAGGAGUUCGACCCCAAUCAGCUGGAGCUGACCGCCAAACCGAAGCCGGUGACAGGCAGACGGGCCCGGAAGGUGGAGGGAGCCGUGUUCUUCCCGAAGCCAGAGAACGCCGUGACGGUGGCCGUCUCUUCCCGGGUCUUGUUUCGGACCGAGCGGGAGCAGAAGGUGUUUGAGCAGAAAGGAGUGGAGGAAUACCUGAGAUACCAAAUCGAGCAUGAGAACGAGCCCUUCGCGCCGGGACCCGCUUUUCCUUUCGUCAAGGCUCUGGAGGCGGUCAACACUCGCCUGAGGGAGCUGUACCCCCAGAGUGAAGAACUGUUCGACAUCGUCCUGGUGACGUACAACCACGCCCAUGUUGGGAUCCGGCUCAUCAACACCAUCAAUCACCACAACUUAUUUAUCGAGAGGUUCUGUAUGACCGGAGGAAGCAGUCCGAUUGGCUACCUGAAGGCCUGGCACACCAACCUCUACCUGUCUGCUGACGCUGAGAAAGUCAGGGAGGCGCUGGCUGAAGGCAUCGCAGCAGCAACCAUGUUCAUGCCGGAGAAGCUGACCGAGGUGUCGGAGUCUCAGCUGAGGGUGGCGUUCGAUGGCGACGCCGUCCUGUUCUCGGACGAGUCUGAGCGCAUCUUCAAGACUCACGGCCUGGACAAGUUCUUCGAGCACGAGAAGGAAAACGAGGACAGACUCCUGGAUCACGUUUGGUCCCCUGAAGGGUUUCCUGGAGGCUCUGGGGAAGCUGCAGAAGAAAUUCUAUGCCAAAGGCCAACGCCUGGACUGUCCCAUCCGCACGUACCUGGUCACGGCUCGCAGCGCGGCCAGCUCAGGGAUCCGGGCGCUGAAGACGCUCAGGGCCUGGGGCCUAGAGAUCGACGAGGCGCUGUUCCUCGCCGGCGCCCCCAAGGGUCCCAUGCUGGAGAAGAUCCGGCCACACAUCUACUUCGACGACCAGAUGUUUCACGUGGAGGGAGCGGCGGAGAUGGGCACCGUUGCCGCGCAUGUUCCUUAUGGGAUUGCACAGAAAUAUAGCAGCCAGCAGAAGAUGAGCUCAGGGAAGUAAAAAAACAAAACAAAAAACUUGACAGCAACAAAAGACGGGGGCAAUAUCUUGGAAUGGAAG